AUGGAUGGUGAAUUCAUGUUAUUAGUUGAUACUCAUGCAGGUAAUAUUGCCCAUCUGAACAUACAUGAUGAAUUACUUCCAGACGAGGCUGUUAUUUCAAAAGUUAUCUAUGAUAAAUAUUAUCCAAGGAUCAAAAUUGUUGUAAACAUAGUUGGAAGUAUUACAAACAAGUUCACUGUGCCAAAAUUUGAAGUUCUAGCUGGGGGAAUUGAUAUGGUUACAGAGAUAAAGAAACAUGGGUCUGCUUUCAAGCUUGAUUACAGCUUGGUGUAUUGGAAUUCCAAAAUUGAGCAUGAACAAAGAAGGUUGGUUUCUCAGUUUCAAGUAGAAGAGAUCAUUUGUGAUAUGUUUGCUGGUAUUGGUCCUUCUGCUAUUGCUGCAGCACUGAAAGGAUGCAUAGUAUAUGCAAAUGACCUAAAUUCAGAAAGCAUUCAUUAUCUGAAUGUUAUUGCAGAAACUAACAAGGUUUAUGAUUGUUUUUGUGGAUACAAUACUGAUGCAAGAGAAUUAAUGUCCCAAAGAAUGAAAGUACUAGAAUGUGGGAUAGAAUUGAAUUCCAAUGUCUCUACACCAACCUCAAGCAAUGUGGCAAGCAGGUGAAUUUGGAAUCAAAAUUAGAAAAGGCUAACUGGUAAUGUUGAUGGGACAAUUAUUUCUGUUGAUGAUAGGAAAAAAGGAAGAAAAAAAUAAGAGAAUGUGUGGCUCUGACUCUAAGAUUUCUAACAUAAAGGCUUGGGAGCAUAUUGAUCAUGUAGUAAUGAACGUCCCUGCUUCUGUCCUUCAUUUUCUUGGUUUUGCCUGAUUGAGAGAGUUGUAGGAUUGGUGAGAAAGUUUUGGAUAUGAUUUCUUUGAGUGCUUUCUAUUUUUACCAUCAGAUGCAUUGAAGGGCCUAAUCCAGAGGAAAUACUAGAGGGGAUCUGGGACCUCUUCCAUGGAUUCACUACUAUUGCUUCAUACCCAGGAAUAUAUUAUUUCAGUGGUCAAGUUUGCCUUCCCAGAUACAAGAUCCAAUAAGAGGGUCAGGGAUGUUUGCUCAAAACAAGUUGCAAUUUGACGAACCAACACCAGAAGCAGAUCUAGGACACUGAGAAAGAUUGGUGGGGGGAGGAACAUCACCGGAGGCCGUCGCACGCUCCCACAUGUGCCACCCAAAGUGCUGCGAGUGGGCUUCACGCACCUAAGCACAUGUGGCUUCGUAAUUGGACCAUUUUUGGUUAGUUAGUUUUUCUUGUGGUGGUCUACCUCCCUGUAAAAUUUCGUAAUGAUCUGAGUUUUAUGUGGUGGCUGGUGACGAUUUUGGUGCUCAGGUUCAAUAUGGGACAUGUUAAGGUUUUGUGUUUUUUGGGCUAAAAACCCUAGAAGCCAAUUUUAACUUGGCCCAUACCUUAUAGGUUUGCAAGACCUGAAGAAAAGAAGAAGUAUGGGCUAGAUAUUAAGUUGCACUUGUAAUUUUCUUUUCUAGGAAACCAUGGAUUAGGACUAUUAAUUAUUCUAUAUUUAUAAUUGUUUAAGUCAUAUGGACAUAUCAUGUAAUAUGUGCUUAACAUGCCAUUUAGAAUAGGUGGUGUCAUAUAAUUGCACCAUUUGAUAUAUACAUGUGCAUAAUAAUAUUUGUUUUA